AUGAAUUCGUCUGAACCUUUGGGAGCCCGUCUUGUGCAGAAAUUCCAAGGCGUCACGGAGGCUAUCGAGCAGCGUUAUCUUCGUGAGCUAAUGCUUGUUGUCAGUCCUACUGAAGAAGAUUGGAAAGACGCCAUAGAAAUGUACACUUGGAUUUUGCGUUAUGAUGUGGACGGUGAACCACAGGCAGAACUGCGGCAACCCGACGGCACUGUGAUGGCAGCGCUUAAAUUCAGAGGCAUGCAGCACUUGAAGAAACAGACAACAGAGCUUCUACUUUUGAUAAGGACAUUAUGUCGAGACACACUGCCUCCAUUGCCAGCUGGAGCGUCAGCUGUGAUUCGUAUUACUUACACUGAAAGAACUCCAAAGGGAUAUCAAGCACCAGGCUUUUACCGUUCGCCAGAAGAUCCUGUUCUACGACCGGAUGCUCGAUAUGUGCAGCUUGCUACAUUGGAAACCGAAUACCACGGAGCCUCUGUCAUAGUGCGAAGUGUAUUCAUAGACGAUGAAUACGCUAUAAAAAUGAGGGUCAAUAAUGCACCGAGACUGUCUAAUAUGGAUGACUCUCUGAAUGAGUCACUCGAUGAAGUAUCGGGUGCAGGUGAUGGAGUGCAUCGAUCUGUCAACAAUGACACUAUAGAACGCAUCAGUGAAACAGCACUGCACCAGAGUGAAACUGUCGAAAUAGCUAGGGAGGAGGUUAGGACUGCUGAUGAAACAAGAAGUCGUUCAUCGCCACGAAUUCCAGAUUCAGAUUCAAGCAAAUUAACCAGAUUGAGUGUGGCAGUAGAUCGCGGUUCGGUUGCAGACUUGGACAGCUCCGAUAAUACUUCACCCGCUGAGGACUACCCGAAGCGUUCACGGCGUGGUCGACACGCUGUAACGAAAGUGGUACGAGAUCACCCUAUUCACGGGCGUUUUAGAAGUGCUGCCUCUGCUACCCCACAAGUGGUGAAUGUCUCCACACCGCGUAGUAUAAAUCCAGUUAUUGACUCACAUGACACGCCGCCGGCCAAAAAAACCCCUGGUGCGACAAAAUGUGCAGAGACUAGAGCCAUUGCCAAGGUUGGCUUUUUUCGUAAUAAUAUUCGUGGAUAA